AUGCAGAGUCUUGGUACGCCCGGAUUGAGAAGGAGCUUUUGGCUGUUGUUUACGAUUUGGAAAGGUUUCAUACUUACACUUACGGUAAAAGAAGUGUUUGUGGAAUCAGACCACAAGCCUCUGGAAGUUAUUUUCAAGAAGCCACUGCAUCGAACUCCGAAGAGGCUUCAGCGCAUGCUCAUGCGAGUCCAGUUGUACAACGUCAGCCUUGGCUACAAGAAGGGCUCCACCAUGGAUCUGGCCGACACCCUACCGAGUACGCUUCAAGAAAUUCCAGACCACACGCAGAAGGAUAACAGCCUUCUAGAACUGAUUAAAGUCAUCAAGGCUGGUUGGCCUGAAACUAAAGGAGAGCUAUCUCACCUGGUGUUGCCCUUCUUUGACGUUCGUGAUGAGUUGAGCGUCUGCGAUGGCAUUGUCAUUAGAGGAGAAACAGUAGUGGUCCCAAAGUCGCUGCGUCGAGACAUGUUGUAUCGUCUGCAUUAUGCUCAUAGUGGAGUUGUAAGCGCCCUUUUGCUCGCUAGAGAAAGUAUAUACUGGCCAGGAAUGAGCGCUGAAAUCAAGCAGUUUAUUGAAAUGUGUGAUGUCUGCAGGGCGUUUGACCGGAAGCAGCCUAAGGAGACUCUCAUUCCUCAUGAAGUGCCCGACCGGCCAUGGGCGAAAGUUGGAGUUGACUUGUUCACUUACAGGGGUCGAAACUGUCUCAUUUGUGUUGAUUACUAUUCUUCUUUCUGGGAAAUCGAUUCCCUUGACAAAACUACUUCGGGGGCGGUAGUACAGAAGUUAAAGUCGCACUUUGCAAGGAAUGGAAUCCUGGAGCCGUGUGUAUCUGACAACGGUCCUCAGUCUACCUCAACUGAAUUUAAGGAAUUCAGUCGCCAGUGGAACUUUGUGCAUGUAAGUUCGCCAGCUUAUCCGCAAAGCCACGGAAAGGUAGAAGCAGCUGUUAACUCCGCUAAAAAUGAGGAAGUCAAGAAAAGUCAGAACAGAUCCAUACCUCGCUCUCCUCGAAUACAGAAACACGCCUAG